AUAUACAACAUAAAAACAUAUAUAUAAACUGUUAAAGACUACGUCAAAUCCAUUACUCACGGAAACCGCACUUGAGUGAAUGUAGGUUACUUCUCAUUACUGAUGUUAUGACAUCCUUAUCGCAGAUAGCUUGACUGAAGUUUGCACUGCAUUAUCAUAUAUUGCUGAUUACAAAACGGAUGCAUCUAUUGACGCCGAACUAGAUACAAAUUUUAAAAAAUGUAGCCGUACGAAUUCUUUAAAAAAUGCGUGAUGCACGUCGGUAAUAGGUUAAAUUUAGACAACCCUUUAAACCCGCACGAUAUGCUUAUCAGAUGUUGGUAUUCCUGACUCACAUACAGUUUGGAUUAUUUAAUUAUCUCCGACAUUAAGUUGAAAGCUUACUCAGAAUGUGCCACUAUUCGUCACUACACGUUUUAUUUUGAAAAGUUUUUUUUUUACUUUUCCGACUUCUUUAACAGAGUUUGCUAAGCACUUACUUCUGGGGGCCAUUAUCGAACACGUCAUAUGUUAAUUGAUGACUGUGAACCUUUUGGGUGUCAAUCCUGGCCUGAAUCCGUCCGAGAGAACCGGAAACCCGCAGCAAAACACCCUGGACAUCACAGUGACGUCACUUCCUGUUUAGGAAGUGUGGAGUCAAUUAAACCCCCAGGUAAACUUUUGCUUUAGCUAAUCGGCGGAUCAUUCUGCAAGAUGCUGCCAACUGAGAGCUUCAAAAAGAUCUCCCAAGCGUUCACAGACGUGGGUCCUGUGCCUACGAAGCGGGAUUCUAACCGUGGCGCUUUGUCCUGCGCUUUGUUCGGCAUUCAGACAUAUUUGGACCUCCCUCGGGCUCUGAGCGUCGGCGCCGCGGUGUUCCAGGACGGACACCUGCACCGGCUGCUCACGUACCCCUUUCACCACAAGACCCCCGCCCAGCUGCUCCUGAGCGUCGCCGCCCUGGUGCUCCUCGGCGGCAGUUUGGAGCGCGGCGUCGGCACCGUGCGCUUCCUGUUCCUCUUCUCCCUGCUGUCCUCCACCGCGGGCUUCCUCUACAGCGUCCUGGACCUCGUGCGCAGUGGCGACAGCCGCAGCCCCGCAGAGGGCUUGGUUCCCGUGACCCUGGCGUGCGUGGCUCUGACUACCAUGCGCACUAAAAUGACCAAAGGGUUUUUGUGUGGGAUCAGUUUCCCCACCGUGGCUCUCCCCUGGGUGCUCCUCCUCAUCACCUCGGCCCUCGUCCCGCACAGUGUGCUCCCCUGUAACGUCGUCGGCAUCCUGGUCGGGUGGAUGUACGGGAAAGGGUGGCUGUCUCUCCUGAACAUGUCGGAGGUCCGGGCCGGCGCCCUGGAGAAGACGGUGCCUUUUAGGUUGUUGAGGAGCAUCCGAGGAGUGAAGUUUGUACCUGCGUCCACGGAGGAGAGGAGGAAGACCCUCCUCCCGCGGAUCAAUCCGACUCCUGGCUCCUACCCGGUCCAGGCGUACGCGCCGUUUCCCAACGUCAGCACGCCCAAUUCCAACGCUGGUAUCUACGAGGGCUGGCCCAAUUCAACCGGGGCUCGGCCCGGCACCACGCCGCCCGGCAACCCGCACGGACAUGGCUCUGCACGCAGCUUUGGGCCAAGUCAAGGACUUUCUUCAGAGCAGAAUCUCAGCCAAAGUUGCAACCACAGUGACGGCCAUGGCCACGGCCACAGUCAUAGCGACGGCCAUGGCCACAGUCACAGUGCUGGUCAUAGCGACGGCUAUGGUCAUGGUCAUAGUGAUGGUCAUGGUUGUAGUCAUAGCUAUGGCCAUGGUGACGGCUAUGGUCAUGACCAUGGUCAUAGUCAUAGUGAUGGUCACAGUCAUUUAUAGGGUUGCUUUGUCUACCAUAGUAUAUUUUUCAGUUAAACCCACAUGGGCACCUGCAGCAUCUCUUUUCUUUGGGAGCGUCGUCUAAAAUGGGAAAUGCACGGACUCUUUUUAAGCAGACUUGUAGGCCUUUAAAGCAUUUGGGAGUGUCUAGCUGGCUGUAUAUUUGAAGGACAUUUAUCAGAGGGUCUAGAUGUUCUGAGUGGAUUCUGUAUAUAUGUUGAUAUACUCUUGUGCAAUCCCCCCUCAUAAACUAUGUGCUCAACAUAAUGUCUCAAGAAAGAAAAAAAGACAUUCCAAGAUGCCAAAUGCGAGAUUGGGAGCAUUUCUUUUGCAUAUGAGCGGCUCUCAAUAGUGACGACUAAGCUGUCAAAGCACUUGUCAAAGGAUGCGACAGAGUGGAAACCGUAAAAAUCUCCAUUUAGUUGGAGAGAUUUUGCUGUGUAGAAUAUUCUGAAUAAACAAAGGUUUCUCCUCUGAAAUCAUAUAUACUUAUAUCAUA